GUGUUGUGGUGAUGAUUCAUUUUAUGAGAGUAUCGAAGAAUGAAACUAAGAUGGUAGAGGGAGAAUUUUGUUUGGAAGAAUGAGAAGCAGGAAAAGAACCUUCAGCUUUCUCUUUUUGAGUUUUAGAGAGAGAUGGUCUCACUUUUUAGAGAGAGAAGCUCGUUGAAACAUAUUUUGACACCACUAAUCUCUUCCCCCAUAAAGAAAAGAAUUACUCCCCAUGAAGUAUGCUUUUUAGGACACAAAAGUAACAUUUAAAUCAGAAAAGAAGGGAAAACAAAAAGAAAAAAGGAAAAGAAAAUUUAGCAGAGAAGUUUAACCAGGUUGUUCGCCGCCCCGGCUGCAGUCGUCUACGGCAAUUUGCUACCUCCACCGCUCAUCUGCUUGUUGGGCGAAUUAUUUGAGUUAUAAUCAUCUGUGCAACUCUGAAAUUCGGCAAUUAGUUUUGGAGGCUGUACAGUUGGUAAUAAAACUCAAAGGUUACGGCAUGAAAGUCUAGACACUGUGUUAUGUUGUAAGCAUGCAGGCAACGGAAAAAACCUCUUUACCAUGUUUUGAACACCAUUUUUCUGAUACUAAUGUUGGUCACAAUGAAGAACCUGCUGUAAUACCAUCCUCAUCUGACGACAUUGUCACUUCACAGCCCGCUAAACGACCAACGCGGCAAUGGGCUGCAUGGACACGGGAGGAGGAGGAGAGUUUCUUCACUGCGUUGCGGCAAGUUGGCAAGAAUUUUGAAAAGAUCACAUGUCGGGUGCAAAGUAAAAAUAAGGACCAGGUCAGACAUUAUUACUACCGACUUGUGAGGCGCAUGAACAAGUUACUGGGUCCUGACUUGUCUUUGGAUGCUAAAAACUCUAAAGACACUAAUGCUGCGAUGCUGCGUUGGUGGUCUUUACUGGAAAAAUACAGUUGCAAGGCCUCAAAACUUCACCUGAAGCCGCGUAGGUUUAAAAUAUUUAUAGAGGCACUGGAACACCAACUUACAAAAGAUCGAAAAAAGAAUGUUAAUAAACGAAUGCCUCUGGGGGAAAAUUAUUCUCCUCCUUCAUCAACUACUACUUCAAAUCAGAUAAAGUUGUCUGGCAAUGAUGCACGGGCUGUUAAAAUUGUUGUAGUUGACAGUCAGAAUGUUCAGAAAGCAGGGCAAGGACGAGGGUCUUCAGCACGACGUAAUCCAAAUAUGGGUGUUAUUCGCAGUAUCAGUAAAGGAGAGUCCUCUCAUCCAAAGCCACCCAGGCAACGACGAAAAACUGGAGCUGCUUCUGCUGCUGCAAUGAAAAGAUGGGAGAAGGCUGCCAUGGCUGGUGUCUCCUUGGUUGCUGAUGCAGCUGAGCACCUGGAGCGCACUGCUGAGCAAAUUGAUUCAGGUCCUUCAAUGCAAGUACAAGGGAACUCACCAAAUCUUUCCAAAGGCAUUGCCGUAGAAGACAAUUUACAACCUAUCUUGAAAUUAAAACUACAGCUGUUCCCAAUUGAUGAAAGUACCAGAAAAGCACUGGAAAUGGACAAGCAUAAUCCACAUUUGGAGCUGACUUUAAGUUCACGAAAGAAGAUAUCUUCUAUUCUGGAGCAUCUUGAUCGUAAGUGGGGAACUUCCAGUGUAGCAUCUGGGGAACUCAUGCUUUUCCCUUUCAGCAUCCAGAGAGAAAAUCUGUUGGGAUAUCAGAGAUGGUCUCGGGAGUCGGUUGUAACUGCUGCUGAAGUCUAUUCCAUGAUUGGUAGCCCUCUAGUGUUCCGACUGAGAUAUGGCUGGAUCUCUAGCAAUGAGCUUCAGUCAGGCAGCUCACAGACGAUUUCAGUAGCUUCAAGCCAUUAUAGUGAGCAAGAAAAUAGAAGAAAUCAAACACUAAUGGAACAAUUAUGUCCACCAACAGAAGUGGAAGACAAGCUGGAAAAACUUGUCGAUCACAUGCUAAGCGAACAUCAAACCUCAGAUAAACAAAACAGUUCUCUUAAAGAGUCAACAGCUGCUACUUCUGGUGAAGCGAAUAAGAAUUCUGACAUUGAUUUUCACAAUGAUGCCUUUGAGAUGCAGAACUUGGUAUCGAGUGUAUUUUCGAAGAGAAUUGAAGCUUGUGUUGAUUCUACUUUAACGAAUAUGAAAAAUGUGGUUGGUCAGAGAGCAAUAAAGAAUCCAAGUUGGUCCACUAGAGAGUGGGCUGAUAGAGUUACAAAUGCUACUGCUGGGAAGCAAUCAACUGAAGUUUCGGAUGUUAUGGAUGUCGACUGUAAUGAGACUCAUUUCAAGGACACUGAGCAUGUUGAGGAGAUUCCAUUCACUUGUGACUCAUUUGAUGCAGCAAUUGCUGCGCAUAUAAUUAGUCAAAGCAAGAUUGGCUUUGCUGGACCCUCUCCACAUUUAUCAUCAAUUUGGGAUGCCGAAGAAACAUGUGAUGCAUUUUCAUUUCAGAAUAGAGUUGUAUCUAACCAGGUUCCAACUUCGGCCUCAGCUGCUGCUUCAAUUGCCGGUGCAGGGCCCUUUAGAACAAAUUUAGCAGGGACCAGCACCAAAGUUCAGGAUUCACAAGAUAGAAUGAUGGCUGAGAAUGAUGUCUUGGUGGACACCAUAAAUGAGUGUCGAUCUGAUGCCCAUGAAAUAGAGAGUUCUGCUAAAGAUUUCAGUAGUCUUACAGAUAUUUAUUGGCCUGACUCAUUAGGACCGUUAGAGUUGGAUGUACCUUCAUGUAAAUACUAUAGCGAAGAUCUAAUUUUAAGCGAUAGUUUGAGUGGCUUGAAUCGUCUUCUAGCGAGCAGCCUUGAUGCAUUCCAAAACUGUUCUUUCUUUGGCUUGGAUGAAAAAAGACCCCCUUCUCCAGCUACUGGAACUCAAGGAGGUGCUACAUUCGCUGGCAAAAUUGGUCCAAGAGAUAGUGCCGGAGUGCAAUCUCUUCAAGUAUAAGUUUUGGAGAACAGGAAUCAUGAUCUCGGUAGCUUGUCGAUGGCUUGAUCAGUUCUAUGCCAUGUAAUCAAAAAUUAAUUUCUCUUAGUCUGUUUUUUGGGGUGGUGGCUGAGGUAUAUAUGUUCUGCCUACAUAUUCCCUUCACUCUGUACAGAAGUUGCAUGUGAAGGACCCCAUAAAGAGUUCUGUCCCAUAUUUGAUGUUGUUCGUCACUGUAAAUGUAUUUCAAAUUCACUUUUAUGAAGACUUCAGGAAAGAUAUGAAAAUGAACGUCUCCCUUAAAUCA